ACGGCCAGUUCGAGGCGCUUCGCUCACACACGCAGUCAGCGGAGAGUCUGCGAAGGAGCUCCGGAGCCGCGGGUUGUGGCAACUCUGUGGUAUUUAUUAACACGCCUGACGGACGGCUGUAAACCACAUUGUUUGGAGGUUCUUCGAUACCCCGACCCCAGUGGCGCAACAGGAUCGAGGGACGACAGCCUGGACACAAUCAUCCUGGUGUUGAGAGAGCGGGAAAACUCUAGGAGACAAGCUGGACGGAGCGGAUUUGAGAAAGGAGGGCGAAUGCCCAGCAUUUGUCCUGAGACACAGAGUUUGCAACACUGACAGCGCCAGAAACUACGACUCCACCUCAGACAGCACGGACGCCAUGAGCCCGGCAAAAUCAGAAUCAGAAUGUACACAUAACGGGACUGCAGCCAUUAAAAGAAAGGUACACCACAAAGGUGGCGAGAGGAAAGGGGCAGAGGUAGAGGAGGAGAAAACCUCGGAUGAAGGUUUCAUGGGGAUGACGCCACUGCUGCAGGCCCACCACGCUAUGGAAAAGAUGGAGGAGUUUGUCCAUAAGAUGUGGGAAGGCCGGUGGCGUGUCAUCCCUCAUGACGUGCUGCCCGACUGGCUGAAAGACAACGACUAUCUCCUGCACGGACACAGGCCCCCGAUGCCGUCUUUCAGAGCAUGCUUCAAGAGCAUCUUCAGAAUUCACACAGAAACAGGAAACAUCUGGACUCACCUUCUUGGUUGCCUGUUCUUUCUGUGUCUGGGGAUUGUGUACAUGUUCAGACCAAACAUGUCGUUCGUGGCACCGUUUCAGGAGAAGAUCGUGAUCGGCGCAUUCUUCUUGGGAGCCAUCCUCUGCCUGUCCUUCUCCUGGCUCUUUCACACAGUCUACUGCCAUUCUGAGGGUGUCUCUCGGAUAUUCUCAAAGUUGGACUACUCCGGCAUCGCGUUCCUGAUCAUGGGUAGUUUCGUGCCGUGGCUUUACUACUCCUUCUACUGCUCCCCUCAGCCCUGUGUUGUGUACCUGAUCGUGGUGUGCAUCCUUGGCCUCGCUGCCAUCUUCGUGUCCCAGUGCGAUUUUUUCGCCACACCACAGUACCGAGGCGUAAGAGCUGGUGUAUUUGUGGGUCUGGGCCUAAGUGGCGUUGUCCCCUCGUUUCACUUCGUAAUCUCCGAGGGCUUCCUCAGGGCCACCACUAUCGGUCAGAUGGGCUGGCUGUUCCUCAUGGCUACCCUUUACAUCACCGGAGCCUGCCUUUACGCUGCACGCAUCCCUGAGAGAUUCUUCCCCGGCAAAUGUGACAUCUGGUUCCACUCGCACCAGCUCUUCCACAUCUUAGUGGUCGCGGGAGCGUUCGUGCACUUCCACGGCGUGUGUAACCUGCAGGAGUUUCGCUACACAGAGGGAGGCGGCUGUACAGCGGACGGAGCCCUGUGAGGCAGCACUGCACCACCAGGGGGAGACAGACCUCCCCUUUAAUUACCACCGUCGCCAGUAACGCCACCUCCUCCUCUCGUACCGGUGUCGCUCCACUACUGAGGGCUGAACAAGAUCUUUCUCUUCUUUCUCUCUUUCCUCUCUGCCUCUUCUUCUGCCCUCUUUAAUAAAACUAAAAAAAAAAAAAUCCACUAUGCGAUUUCAGUGGAGCUCGAGGGUGGACCAAGUCUGGAAUACUGAUUUACAGAGUUGUUUUUGAGAUCUGUAAACAUUUGACUUUGUGCAGUUUGCAUAUUAACUGGGGAUGGACAGGGCGGGGGGGCAGUUGUGAAAUUUUGCCUUUUAAAGGUGCAAAUGGUUUUAACUGUUAAAGUUAUUAAUGUAAAUAAGAUUUCUAAACUGGGUUAUAUAGAUUUUUACAAAUGUUAAAUAAUGAUACAAAAAAACCAUAGUAUUGUUAAAUCGAGAGGAAAAGAAUGAAAUGAUGCAAAAAAACGGAUGCAUCGAUUCGGGUCUUGGAGUCAAAUCAACUGUGCGCUUUUGAACCAAAAAAUAAUCAGAGGGUGAAAAUCAGAACGCAAAUAAAAGACCAGAGAAGGAAAAAAAAAAUGUUCUGAAUGAGCCGAACGAAGCAAUAUUCGCCGCUUCACGUGAAAGGGCACAGCCGCAGUUUUUCCUCCGAGGCUUAAACAGUGUACCUUUUCUAGAGCGCUGAGUCAGAAAUCCACGAGAAGCCAUCAAGAGCGUUGGUUUUUCUGGCAAAGCCAUAAUUUUGACAGAUGCCAGGUUCAACAACUGGCCUUAAUAUAUCGCUUUCAGGCUCCUUAUUUUCUCCACACAAGGAAUUUCUGCUUCUCUUCUUGGAUUAUCGCACCUCAGCUCACACAUUUGAUUAAUUUUAUUGUUUUUGUUUUUGCAUAAAAAUGCAGUUUUGUUUCUUUCGCUUGCCUUUUCCAGAGGGCUUAUGGGUCAGGUGUUUAUAGAUCCACGAACGCAUCACACUGUGUUUUCAUCUACGCAAGAGUAUUGGGUUUCGAACCGCUCACGUGAUUUCGAAAAGGACACUUUUACGAGAUCAGGGGUCGUAACGGAGGCAUCGCACAGCCACCGUCCGCAUCAUUAAAACGCUGCCUUACACAUCAGCUUGUGUGGGAAAGUUGUUUUAUUUUUUAUUUUAAACAAAGUCAACUCGGGGAUCAACGUCACUACAGGAGAAAAGCCUGUAACCUGCACACUCCUCCGUCUGUAAAAGACUUUGACAGUGUUGUCAGACGCAAACUGUCGUCCGCUCGUGAGGCCCCGACUUCACCAACGCAAGGCCUUGAUUCACUGCAUAAUUAAAACGAUGGAUUUUUUUGGAGAUUGGUUAUCUUUUUUUUCUUUUGGUUCUUCUUUGUAAUAUUAAUUUAUUGUUAAGGUGUGAAAGGUGCGUACUAUUUCUCAUUGAAGCACACACGUUCCGAGUGUCUGCAGUAGAACCUUUAUAUCUACUGUAUUGUUCUAAUAAAACGUUUUUCAAUUA